GUAUGUCGUGCCCUUCUUACAUUUGACUCCGGAUUACAUUCCCAAGCUGAAGAAGGAAAACAAGGCCAUGUACAAUUCUUUCAAGCAAUGGUGGGAGAGCAACGGCCGCAAGCCCGCCCCUCCACCGGCCAUCGAGUUCGAUGGGAAGGACACAUGGAAUUGGGAAGUGCUGAAGGUGGCCUUCCCACCAGACCGCGUGCCGGAGGGCUGGGACAUGUUCCUCCAAGCU